AUGCCGGACCUCAGCAGCGGUGACUCUGGCAGCGACUUCGAGGACGUGCUGCGGCUGCACCGCAAGCGGAGACCCCGCCGGGCACAGAGCCGCGGCCCCGUCUCGAAGCGUCCCCGGAGGAGGGAGCCCAGUGGGGACGGGAGCAGUUUGGCCGUGAGCAACCCGGAGCAAAACACCCUCUUUGAGGCCGUCAGGUCGGCCAAGAUCGCCGUCGAGACGGUGGUGGAUGACUGGCUGGAGACCUAUAAGCAGGACCGUGAGACAGGGUUCCUGGAGCUCGUGAACUUUAUCAUCCGCUCCUGUGGCUGCAGAGGCGUGGUGACCCUGAAGAUGUUCAGGCACCUGCAGAACUCGGAGAUCAUCCAGCAGCUGACGGAGAAGUUUGAGGAGGAUUCGGCUGAGUACCCGCUCUCUCUGGGCACCCAGCCCUGGCGCCGCUUCCGAGCCGCCUUCUGCGAGCUGGUGGCAGCAGUGGUGCGGCAGUGCCAGUACAGUGUUGUCUACGAUGAGUUCCUGAUGGACGCCCUCAUCUCCCUGCUCACCGGCCUCUCCGACUCCCAGGUGCGGGCUUUCCGCCACACCAGCACCCUGGCAGCCAUGAAGCUGAUGACGGCGCUGGUGAACGUGGCGCUGGGUGUGAGCCUUCACCAGGAGAACAACCAGCGGCAGUAUGAGGCUGAGCGGAGCAAGGGGCCUGGGCGCCAGGCCACCGACAAGCUGGAGGCACUGCUGGAGAAGCGCCGGGAGCUCCAGGAGCAGCAGGAGGAGAUUGAGAACAUGAUGAACGCCAUCUUCAAGGGCAUCUUCGUGCACCGCUACAGAGACGUGGUGCCCGAGAUCCGGGCCAUCUGCAUGGAAGAGCUGGGGACGUGGAUGAAGAGCUACACAGCUUCCUUCCUCACCGAUGGCUACCUCAAGUACAUCGGCUGGACCCUGCAUGACAAGCAGCGGGAGGUGCGCCUGCAGUGCGUGAAGGCGCUGCAGGGGCUGUACUGCCACCGGGACACGGCCGCCCACAUGGAGCUCUUCACCAGCCGCUUCAAGACCCGCAUGGUGUCCAUGGUGCUCGACAAGGAACCGGACGUGGCUGUGGAGGUGGUGAAGCUGCUGACGCUGAUGCUGGAGAACACGGAGGAGGUGCUGACAGAGGAGGACUGCCAGAGCGUCUACCCCGUGGUCUACGUAUCCAGCCGGGCGCUGGCCUCUGCUGCCGGGCUUUUCCUCUACCGCAGGCUGCUGGACCCCCAGCGAGGGGCGGGCAGGGAGCCAUCUCGUGAUGGGGACAACAGGACCUUCUUCCGGCUGCUUCUGGCCUUCUUCAUCGAGAGCGAGCUCCACGAGCAUGCAGCCUACUUGGUGGAUAGCCUGUGGGACUGCGCUGGGCCCCGCCUGAGGGACUGGGAGACCAUCAGCACUUUGCUGCUGGAGGAGUCACCCACCAAGGGCCUGGCAGACCGGCAGGAGAAGGCACUGGUGGAGAUCCUGGCAGCCAGCGUGGUCCAGGCGGCUGAGGGGCAGCCCCCAGUGGGCCGCAGCCUGGCCAAGAAGCCCUCAGCCCGGGAGCGCAAGGCACAGGCGGAGGAGAGAACCCGGCUCACCCACUGCCUCAUCCCAGCCCUGCCCCAGCUGCUGGCCAAGUUCUCAGCUGAUGCUGAGAAGGCGGCUCCGCUCCUGGAGGUGCUGCGCUGCUUCGACCUCAGCAUAUACUGCACUGGGCGGCUGGAGAAGCACCUGGAGCUGGUGCUGGGGCAGCUGCAGGAGGUAGUGGAGAAGCACACGGGGCAGGCAGUGCUGGAGGCUGCGUGCCGCGCGCUCCACGCGCUCUGCGACCCUGAGCUCACCCUGCACGGCCGCGGGGACCUGGUGCGCAGCCGCCUUGCCGACCAGCUGGCCGACAAGUUCCACCAGGAGGUCACCGAGCUGCUUCAGGCCUCGUCCCUGGACGAGGAGGAAGUGUACAGCAUGGCGGCCACACUGAAGAGGAUCUCCAUCCUGUUCAACGCCCACGACCUGACGCCCUGGCAGCUCUUCGAGCCCUGCACCCAGCUCCUGCAGCGUGCCUUGGACACGGGCGAGGUGCCCCCGCAGGUCCUUGUCCCUGCCAUCACCUGCCUCCACUUCCACAUCCUCUGGGAGCUCUCACGGCUGCCUAGCACUGAUGUGCCCCAGGAGCAGCUGCAGAGCCUGAAGACCAGAGUUACCUCCUUCUGCUCGCUGUGCCAGAGCUGCCUGUCCGAUGUGGACGCUGGCGUUCGGGAGCAGGCCUUCAUGGUGCUCAGCGACCUGCUGCUGGUGUUCGGGCCCCAGCUGCCGCGGGAUGGGCGGGAGGCGCUGGCCCCCCUGGUGCUGCUGCCUGACGCGGGGCUGCAGUCCCAGCUGGCCGCCUUCCUCAUGGACCACGUCUUCCACCAUGCCUGCAGCCACGAGGAGCUCUCGGCUAUGGAGGACAGCGAGAACCACAUCGAGGAGCUGCACCAGCGCCGGGUGCUCCUGGCCGGCUUCUGCAAACUCAUCAUCUAUGACGUGCUGGAGCUCAGCGCUGCCUCCGAUGUCUUCAAGCACUACGCCAAGUUUUACAGCGACUACGGGGACAUCAUCAAAGAGACACUGAACUGCACCCGGCAGAUCGACCGGCAGCAGUGGGCUCGCACCCUGCUGCUCAGCUUGCAGCAGCUGAUGACGGAGCUGUUGCUGCAGCAGGGCCCUGAAAUCCGGGCGGCCGAGGCUUUCCUGGAGAUCCGGGAUCUGGCACGGCGCUUCUCCCUCCUCUUCAGCCUCCAGCAGCUCCGCAACCGCCCGGCACUCCUCAGCAUGCACAAGGAGGGGAUCCAGUUCGCCUUCCAGGAGCCCCCGGGCCCGGGGCCGGGACUGCCACCCCUCAACCUGCCCUUCCUUGAGGUGCUGAGUGAGUUCUCACCGCGGCUGCUGCGCCCCGACAAGGCCCUGCUCCUGGCCUACCUGGAGAAGAUUUACCAGGAGCAGCGGUGGCUGGCACCACAGGACGUGCCAUGGCCGUCCCUUGUCACCUACCGCAACUCCCUGCAGCCACAGGAGGAGAGGGGCUCAGUGAACAGCCACAGCACAGCCCCCCGCCCCCCACCCGGCUCCGCUGCCAAGAGACCCCGCAUAGAUGCCCCUUCAGAGCACCCCGACUCCAGCCCAUGGCCGAGCAGCCGCCUCCCCAGCCCAGCCCUGACCUCCACCGUGCUGCGGGGUGGCCCCCGGCCCCCGCUGACCCGGCCACCAGCACGGGACCCCGGCUCCGACCCCGGCCUCCUGCAGAGGCUCAGCCUGAUGGUGGAGGAGGAGGAAGAGGAGAUGAUGAUUGAAGAGGAGAGCAGUGAGGAGGACACCCCAGAGCAGGACAGGACUCUGCUAGCCCCCGAGGACCAGCUCCGGGACCUCUUCGACUCCACCAUCCUGGGCAUUGAGGACAUCUGA